CACAAUCAAGUGCGAAGAAUUUUUGUUUUGAAAACAAAUGGUUGAAUUACUUGAUCGGAAGAAAUCGGCGAAUUGGCCGGGGCUGAUCGGCCGUUGUGUAGUCUCUUUCAUACUUGUUUUACUAACUCAAUUCAGUCAAUUUCUAGUUCCUCAGUUCUUCUUCGAUUUGCCCGUGUUCAUUCAACUUCUACUUUCAGCUCUAUUACUUCUAGCUGUUGUAGGGGCAGUAGGAUGGUGCAGGCGGCUUCUUCGAGUUCGAGCGUCAGCUCCGGCGUUCGUUUUCUUCAGUGUACUUUUUGUUUGGGUGGUUUACAUAGCUAUUGUUCGACGAGUUGCUACACAUUUGAUGGAUCUUCUGUUUAAUGGGCAGAUAAUCUUGCUCAUUUUUGGCCUUUGCAGGAUGUUAUCCAGUGAUCCUGGUUUGGUAUCAUAUAGUCCAUCCCCUUUGGAUGUAAUUGCCCAAAGUUCAAGUUUAGAAAUUGACACUUACCAUCAGGAAACAGAGUUUCUAACGAGUAGUCCUUAUCUCAGGCGUUCAACUGAAGCAGAUACUGAAUUGGGUGAUAGGGUGAGAUGCUGUCAGAUCUGCAAAGCAUAUGUUAAAGGCUUUGACCACCAUUGUCCUGCAUUCGGAAACUGUAUUGGGCAUAAAAAUUAUCUCCUCUUCAUGGUUCUACUAAUUGGAUUUCUCUGGACUGAAGCAACUUACUUGGUGUGUUUAUCUCAAUAUGCAGCGCAGUCUGUGGUUCCUGAUGGCGAUGGAACUAGGCUAGAGAUUAGUCUCUCAAGGAAAGUGGCCAGCAGCACCAUGCUAUUCUCCAUUCUACAAUUAGUAUGGCAGGUGGUGUUCUUACUGUGGCACAUGUAUUGUAUCUGCUUCAAUAUCAGAACAGAUGAAUGGAUUCACUGGAAGAGGUACCCGGAAUUUCAAAUUUUUAUCCAGUCUUCGCAUGGCGAAAGGUCCAGUGAAGUGAGGUUCAAAAACCCAUAUGACAAAGGAGUUUUACAGAAUUUGAAGGAGUUUAUGGCGUCAAAACGUUGAGACUAGUGUUUGAGUAUUGACCUUGGCAUUCUUCGGCAAUGAGUUUUUACUGGUUUCAGUAAUUAUCCAUGCUCUUAACUUGUAUAUUUUUUAACACAACAAAUGUGGAGUGGAUGAGUGAGCCUUUGACCUCUAAAAAUAUUAUAGGUGCCUUUAAUGACUAUGCUCUAAUGGACUCGAAUCUUGUAUAUUCUUAAAAUAUAUGUAUAGGAAAGGAAAUAUUGAUCAUA